AUGGGACAAAAGCAAGUCCGCGCAUCGGCUCCGGUGCCGGAAUACGGAAGGUAACGAAAAAUUUAGUUUUGGCCUAAAAAUCGCAGAAUUUUCAGUUUUUCAAAGGAAAUUAGGCAGUGAGCUCAUUGUUUCCGCAAAAAAUUUAAAUAAAUGCUGAAUAAUUAUUUUUUCAGUUUAAUGUCGCCGACACCAAUUCCACCGCCUCGUUACAACAGAAAAGGUCAGGAGGAGGAGGAAGAACACCUCCAGAAUCCGCUUCUACAGCCGGAAGUCGCGGAAAUUGCCGUUUUGGAGCACAAAUUGUGCGGAAUCGACGUGCGCUCGUGGCUUCUGGCGCACACAGUGCUCGUGACGCUCCUUCUGAUUCCCGCUAUUAUCGCCUCCGCCUUCUUCCACGCUCUGAUCAUCGUCCCGUUCUCCUACAAUGCGCUCCUCCUCUUCGCCGCCCUGUGGAGAAAAAUUCCGGCGCUUCAGGCCGUCAAAGUGUUCGCGGUGAGCUCAUUUUUUCCCGAGAAUUGAAAUGUUUUUCAUGCUUUUCAAAUAAAGUUAUCAAUUUUUCAGUACAUUCUGCUGGCAACCGGAAUCUUGUCACUGCCUUUUCUGCCCUUUGCCUUGCUAGUUCUUAACAAGACGUCUAAUUAUUAUGCAUACAAAGGGAAUUACGGAUCGUGCAAUUUCAUCAAAGUAUAUUUGCUCGAACUGCCAAUUAUUUUCUCCAUUCCAUUGCACAUAGUCAAUUUUGGUGAGCAAAGGCGCUCUAUUGAUAAAUUUCCAAAAAAUCUUCAUUUUCAGUGAUUUUGUCGCAAAUCUACCUGGUCAAUAAAGUGCUUGACGUGGCGAAAUCGGAGCAGAAGGCCAAGGAAGAGCAACGUCUUCGUCUCGAGCUUCGAAUUUGA